CUCGGAAAUCCUGGGAGGUGAAGCCCCAGCAGAUCUGGAGGCUGCUAGUUUCUCUGGUCCACAAAUACCACGAACGAUCACUUUGCCCCCUCCCUCGCCAAAGGCACCCUUUCAUCGCGAACGUGAAACCCAUUUUUCACACCAACAACCUGAAUGGGGCGCCGUGCAAAACUCUGCGGCGCUUCUGCCUUUCGGCUUUUCUGGAAUGCCUGAAACGACCCCGAGAAGAAAGAAGAGGGGCUGCGCAGUCGUGACCACGCUAGGCGGCUCGGGGGAGAGAUUCUUGGAAAGGACAAGCGGGGAGCCAACGGAGCUGAGGCAGCGGAAAGCUAUGGAAGCUCCACAGAAAAAUUUUGUCGUGGGACAUCAAUCAAAAGGGACUGUCACACAAGAAGAUGGCAGCCCUCCAGCAAAAAAAGCAAUGACAGAAGUGCAUGUAAAGGAUAAAGUACAAAUAAUGGUAAAUAAGUUGCCAGCAAUUAAGAAGGAACAUUUAGAUGAAUGUGAAGAAAAUCCUAUGGAUGACAGAGAGGAAGAUGCCAAACCAAAUAUUGCUGUAGUAUCUGAGCCUUUGAAUUUAAAUCCUGGUUUGAAACAUACAUUGGCACAAUUCCAUUUAAGCAGCCAGAGUUCACUUGGUGGACCAGCAGCAUUUUCGGCUCGCCAUUCCCAAGAAAACAUGUCAUCUGUUUUUGUACCUCUUCCAUCACCUCAAAUUCUUCCUGGCCCAUUGCUUGUUCCUUCAGAUAGCUCUACAGAGUUGACUCAGACUUUACUGGAAGGGGAGUCUAUAUCUUGCUUUAAAGUUGGAGGAGAAAAGAGACUUUGUCUGCCUCAAGUUUUGAAUUCCGUUCUCAGAGACUUUUCUCUACAGCAAAUUAACACAGUGUGUGAUGAACUUUACAUCUAUUGCUCUAGAUGCAGUUCUGAUCAGCUUCACAUCUUAAAGGUUUUGGGGAUUCUGCCCUUUAAUGCUCCUUCUUGUGGACUUAUCACAUUGACCGAUGCUCAGAGAUUAUGCAAUGCAUUGUUGCGCCCUCGCACUUUUUCUCAAAAUGGCAGCCUGCUUCAUACUAAAAGUUCACUGGCCCAACUAAAAGAGACUGGAAGUGCCUUUGAAGUAGAACAUGAAUGCUUGGGCAAGUGUCAGGGUUUGUUUGCUUCACAGUUUUAUCUUCAGCCAGAUUCCCCAUGUAUCCAGUGUUCAGAAUGCUAUGGGAUGUUUUCACCCCAAACGUUUGUGAUGCAUUCCCAUCGAUCUCCAGACAAGAGGACUUGUCACUGGGGCUUUGAAUCAGCGAAGUGGCACUGUUACCUUCACAUUAACCAAAAAUAUUUAGGAACACCAGAAGAAAGAAAUUUGAAGCAACUCUUAGAACAAAUGAAAGAAAAAUUUAGCAUGAAGAAUCAGAAAAUACCCCAGUCUAAGGCAGAUUCUCAUUAUAAUGUAGAAUUCCAGCAAUGGUAUCCAAUUAUAAAACAAGAAACAGAUUCUACAGAUCAGCCACAUUCGUUUAUACAUCCCAGCUAUUUCUUUUACAUGUGUGAUAAAGUGGUUGCUCCCAAUGUAUCCCUUAGUACUUCGGUGCCACAAUGUAAAGAAACCACAAAAACUGUUGAAAAGCUAUCAGAGGUAUUUAAAUCUUUUCCUGGGCAGUCACUGAAACAGCAAAAUGGUGGCAAACGCAAAAAAGCCAUCUUUUAUCAGGACAUCUCUCUUGAAGUACAAGAGAAAGUUGACUUAAAACCCAAGUCAGGAACUUGUCCUAGUAUAGAGCAACCCAUUCCCAUUAAACCUGCAAACAGAAGGAAAACAGAACAGGUCUGUUCCAGAGUGACUACAGAAGAUGAGAUAGAAAUCAGUAAUUGUGCUCAGUCCUCAUCUCAGGCUCUUACCAAUGGUAUUGGAUCUGAUGAUGAUAAAGGGAAAAUGAUGGAAGAAGUAAUGAAAACCUAUAUUAAACAGCAAGAAAGGCUACAUACAAUUUUGCAAAAGAAGCAGCAUCUUCAAAUGGAAGUUGAAAUGUUAAGUAGUUCCAAAGCCAUGAAGGAGUUGACAGAAGAACAACAAAAUUUGCAAAAAGAACUUGAAUCUUUGCAGACUGAGCAUGCUCAAAGAAUGCAAGAGUUUUAUGUUGAACAAAGAGACUUAGAGAAGAAGCUAGAGCAGGUAAUAAAACAAAAGUGUACCUGUGAUUCCAGCUUGGAAAAGGACAAAGAAGCGGAAUACGCAGCUCAGUUGGCAGAGCUGAGGCAGAGGUUGGAUCAUGCAGAGGCUGAUAGACAAGAGCUCCAAGAUGAACUGAGACAGGAACGAGAAGCAAGACAAAAGUUAGAGAAGAUGAUCAAGGAAUUAAAACUUCAGAUUCAGAAAUCUUCAAAAAAUGGAAAAGGAAAAUAAAAUACCAUCCAGAAUGCAUCUACAUUUUCUCAGCAAGGCUAAAAAAUUACCUGCCAAGGAGAAGUCAAGCCAUGGAAAAGUGAAGGUAUUGGGCACAAUUAUGGAAAACUUUUCCUGUGCACUCCUGCAUCAGUAGAGUAGGUGUUUGGGAACUCAACAAUAAUUUCUAUGAUGAUCUGCACAAGAAAAGUUCUCAGUAGAUUAUGUCCAACAUGUGCAUAUAAAUCUACAAUGAUAUGUACAUUUAUACAACUUCAAGACUGACCAAAUCUGUAUUUGUGCUGCUUUUUUUAUAGUUACGAGCAACAUUGAAAUUUUGUUUUACAAUGGUCAGUGUGUAUCUGUUUAUUUUACAAAGUGUCUUGAAGACUCUCUUAUUGAAUGCAACAUUCUUGAUUCAAAAUACACAGUAUCUACCUUUUUGCAUGCAGUUCAAGAAUUUAAAACUGAAAAAAAAUAGAGAAUUUUAUUUUUGCUUUGCUCCAAUAUUUCAUUUGGCGAUGCUGUAUCAAAAAGAAAACUGUUAAUUGGAAAUCAUUAAACAGUCAAAACUACUUUAAAUGCAGAUUUUCAUGUUGAACUUUUACACUAAAUGUUAAUUAUUAAUGGUUAAAUACCAGUUAUUUUAGUACUAUGCUAAGUGCUGUUUUGAAAAAGGGUUGCUGAAAUCGAACCUGAAACAUUUUAUUUAUUCACUUUAGUGAGUUAAGGUAACAAUUCGAUAGCUAAUAAGUAAUUUCAUAGUUAAUAUUGUUCUUUGAGCAUUUCUAAACACCAAUAAGAGCUUCAUAAUAUCAGUCUUAUUUUGUGGAGUAACAAUUUUAACUAUCACAUGAUCCAGAUUACUUCAUUAGCAAUAACAUUCCCACAUAUGAUCUUUGAGUGCAUGAAAGUAGGUGGUCUUGUUUUUUUAAAAAGUGUUACAAAACCAGUAGGGAACAAAUGGGGUCAGAAACUGGGAAAGUAAUGCUUAUUUUUUAAAAAUCCAAGGUAAACAUUAACUUUUUUCAAAAACAACUUUGUUAUUAAAACUUUAUUUCUUUGAAAAUACUAAAUCUUUUUAGUAUUUGACAUUUGUGUGAGGAAAUGUCUGGUGCUAAAUAAUAAGCCAUUCAGUUCCAGAAUUUAUAUAAUUGGAAGUCAUAAAGAUAAAUGGAUGAAAGAAUUUAUGGAUUUUUCUAAAAAUGUUGACCAAUAAAGAGUUUCAUUGAACAAAGACUUUGUUGAUGAAAAAAUAGGAAAGUCUUGAUUUGGGAAAGCAGGUUUGCAUAGAAAAGGAAAGACAAUGCUGAUUGUGCAGAAGGCAAGAAAGAUAGGGUUUUAUUUUGUAUAUAGAUUGACAAGUUCUAAUUGCUCAAAAUAUCUUGUAUUAAAUAUAUGCCAAUAGUUGGUUAUGCUUCCCUAUUCAGAUCAUUGUACAUAAAUAACAGUUUCACCCAUCUUUCACAAAAAUAUUAACUUACUUUACUAUAGAUAAAAGUGCUUUGUGUGACUGAUGGUACAAGAAUGCUUGUGGGACAAUGCCCUGCAAAACUGAUGGAAAUGUGCCUUUGCAGCAUUAAUUGAGGCGGCAAAUAUGUUCAUCAGAUGUCCAUCUACAUUCCUGUUCCUUCUGGUGGAAACCUGCAAUGUACAUAGAUAUACACUCUUUCUCCAUAAAAAUGUUGUAUGAAGAUUAUUUAUUUCACUAUUUCACAUAUACAUUCUAUAUACAUCAGUUUAAUAAGGACAGACCAUUCCAUAAGAUGUAUAAUCAAUAGGGAAACAGUGGGAAAAUGGGCUAAAGGAAGGGUUUUUAAAAUAAACAACUGCAGUACUAAAAACACUAAAAGUACAGCUUUCACUGAAGUAUGUAAAGAAUUCCACAAUCAUCAUCUACUUGUAGAUGAAGUCUUCUUUGUAGCAGGACCUAUAAUAAUCUGAUUUUGAUGUCAAAUUCUAGUGGGACAGUGAUUUGUGCAGGCAAAGAGGAACCUUCCAAUAUCCUAGGCCCACAUAAUCUGGGACUGUAAAAGUCAGAAUCAAUACUAUGAAUUACAUUGGAAAUUUAUUGGAAGCCAGUGGAACUGCAGCAGAAUCAUGUAAAGCCAUAAUGUGGUUGCUUUAUGUUGGCUUAGCAUGUUGUGUGAUCUAAAGCACUAAAACCAUGGCAAUGGGAUAUGAAAAUUAUAAUGGAUUGUGUGUGUGAAGUCCCAGACAGUUCAGCUAUUUCAGUUGAAGCUGGCUAAAAUUUUCAGAUUCUUCAAAGACAACUCAUGUAAAGCACAUUACAAUAAUUAAAUAAUUUGCUGCUGUGUGCAAGACAGUAGCAUGGACCUUAACCUCAAAAGAAUGUGUGUAAUCACCACAUGAAAUUCAAAGAGCACAUUCCAAUCAAGGUGCAUGUAAGCUUGUAUUUCUUACAUUGGAAAAGUGCGAACUUUUUAAAAUAGGUGAAUUCACUAUUUCCUGGGUUGUUCAGUCUUCCAACAGUAAGGUAUUAUAGCUUAUUGAGAGAGGUAAUAGAGCUAAUCCAUUAUGAUCAGUAAAAUCCUGUAAAACUCUUCUAAGUUACAGUUACGCUGUCCUUUCAAAUGUUGAGAUGCAUAAAGGGAAAUGGCCAUAUGAGAAAUACUUUUUUUUAAAGUUUCCCUUAUUUGAUAAAAUAUUUUGUUUCUAUUGAAUACAGUUGAUGUAGCAAUGGAGAAAUGCUUUUUUUUUUUAAUGCUCUCACCCUGUAUGAAUUCAUUUCAAACCCCAACUGCCUAUGUGUUUAACAGGUUAAUGGAAUUGAAAUGAAUUGUUUGAUUUCACAUGGCUCAUCAUGAAUUCUGGGAAGUGCAUUUUAAAGAGCACCAGGUUGGGGAAAGAAUGGCAUUUGUAAGCCUGCCAUCCUCGUGCUACUUAAGAAGUCUAUGAAAACAUGGCUGUUCCCCUAGGCCUUAGGUUAGGAUGGGUGCGGAGUCCAUAUAGAAUGUUGUUUUAAGAUUUUUUUUUUCCAGAUACGCAUGGUUUGUGUUUUUACUGUUUUGCUGUUUCAUAAUCUCUUAAUGCUGUAAGCUGUCCAAUGAAUGCCAACAACAUGGCAAUCCUGAUGGUUGCAAGUAAUCCAAGAUGAUCAGUGUAGGUAUAUGGCUAUGAAAUUAUGGGUAUAAAUUGACCGGUUAUAUAAGGGUAAGAGCUCUUCACUUCAUCAGUUUAUAUAGUUUAUUAAUUGGUUGCAUAUUUAAAAAAUGAUGCAUACAAUGGUAACAAAUCAACAAAUAUAGUUAACCGUCAAGCUUAAAGCACAUCUGCUUUUGGAAUGAAUUGUAGUUACUGGAUAUUACACCCAAGAAGUCUGAUUAUGAGAUUCUGUGUGAACAUUGUAGCCCGGUAGGAUGAAUAUUACAGUAUUUUGUCAUACAUUGAAGGCCAGUUCAGGUAUCACAUGUUACUAUUUAUGCAUGUCUCAAUCAUCUUAAAAUACGUUCUCUUGUAUAAAUACACUAAAUGCUACUUUUUAUUGCUCAGCAGUAAUAGCACUGAUUUCAGCAGUUGGUGGUUGUCAGUCAAUAGUUAUAUUAUCUGGAUGGUUGAGAGUUCAUGAAGACAAAUAUGUUUGACCAGAGCAUGAGAGAAAAAGAGUAUAUGAGUAGCAACUAUUUGGAAGUUAAUCAUUCAAAUAGUGUCUUCCUUGUAUUCAAUACCAGAAGAAUCCAAGCACAAUUAGUUCAGUCAAUAGAGUAGGAGAUGUUUAUACUUUUGAAUAGAGACACAUUUUUGAAUGUGAAUGCAAGAGAACGUUCACUGUUCCAUAUGGAGAAAUAGAUUUCUAGAGUGCAUUUUAGGAACCAGCAAUAGCUACUGUGUUAUGUUUCCGUAUGCACAGUGCAACAAUUAAGAUGCAAAAGUAUUUAUAUUAAAUGUUUUUGUAGUUCCAACAAAUAUUGAUGCUGAGCUAGCAAGGGCAAUUCUGACUUUAUUUUAGAAAAAUAAAUUUAUGGUAAUAAGGGGGGAAUGGUGAGAGAAAGUGAGCAGAUUUUAGAUAAUUAUCUUUAAACAUACAUAAGACCAAACUCUACACUCAUAAUUAAAAUCAUAAUUGUAAUUUCUGUAUACAAUAAUUUCAGCUGCUUUGCAUACGUUUUUCUGUAGAUGUUAAGAAAUGUAUACAUAGAAUUGUGCCAUAAGUGUCCAGUCAAUAAAAGAUAGUUUUAUAGUAAAUUGUAAAUAUGUUAUAGAGCAAGUGAUUUCUUAUGUUGACCUCUUGACAUAAUAUACUUUAUGAAUAAUUUAUUCCACUGUCUAUACAGCUUGAUUUGAUACAAGGCUGCUCACUUUAAGAAAACAAAUAAUCUUGUUCAUUUGAAUUUGCUAUUUUAGUGUGCUUAUUAUGUUAAUUAUUAAGGAAGGCUUAAUAAGGAGGUUUAUUUCUGGUUUAUCCCUUUCAUGUUUUUCUCAAAAGCUGCUUUAAAUUUACAGUUAAGGAAGAGCCUUUGAAAAAAGAAAAACUAACAUCCUUGUUUAAAAAAAAAAAAAAGGGAAGUUUUACGAAGAAGAAUUUUAGUUCAGUAAGGCACAGCAGUGGUACCACUGAUAUGAAAUUAAGUAUUGUACACUAAUAUAAUGUGCCCCAAUCCUAAAACAAACCAGAAAUAUGCAAAUUUCUUAGUAUACAGUCUCACCCGUAAGUAACAUUUCAGGAUAUGGAAUUUCAAGCCCUUUGGAAUAUCCUCCCCCCAGAGGUGCAGCAGGCCCCUACCCUCCUGGCUUUCUGAAAAGGUUUAAAGACCUGGCUCUGUCAGUGUGCAUGAGUGUCAGAGUCUGCAUGCUCAGGUCCCAAGUCCAGUAAAUCUCCUGGAGCCUCAUAAGGUGAUAUGGACUCUCCCAUCCCUGGGGGUGGUUAGCCCCCUGACAAUGCUUCCUGGAAUUACUCACCAACUCUCCAUCUUUCUUGGAACCUAUUUAUUUUUAGGACUCUUUUUAUGUUGUAUUUUAAUGAAUUUUA